AUGAAUGCACCAGGCGUUGCAAACGCAGCCAAACCACCUAUCCAACUGGGUCUAGAUAACCUCACACCUGCCCAAAUGCAAGCUAAAGCUGCUGCCAUGAGACAACAACAGAUGCAACAACAAAAGCAGCAGCAGUUGAAACAACAGAUCCUCCAACAACAGCAGAAUCAACAGCUGCAACAACAACAGCAACAACAACAACAACUUCAGCAACAGCAACAGCAACAACAACAGCUAAAACAAAAAUUAAAUCUUCAAAACUAUCAUUUUGCUACUACAUCAGAGGAAAUACUAAAAAAAUAUUCAAAAUAUCCAGCAUCAUUAAGUUUGCAUAUUUUUGAAAGUCAUUAUAGAUUCAAUAAUUCUCAAGAUUCUCAAAUCAUACCCAAAGAUUCACCCAUGAUCAAAGACUUUAUGCGUCAUGUAUUAAAAGAAGAGAUUCCUAUUGAAAUGAGUGAACUUCUUAAAGACUUUUCAAUAAGAUCCUAUGAUGGUUGUCUCAUAUUACAAGUAUAUGAUCAUAGAAAUAUGGUCAAAACCAGUGUAAUUACAAAUCAAAGAACACAAGCGGCUCCUAACUCAUCACCCAACAAAGACGGAAACCAAAAGGCUACCACAGUGGUAUCAAAACCAAGGACAUAUAGGACACUACUCAAACCUACACCGUUAUCAAUAUAUUAUGAUUUAUUAUAUCAUACUGAUUCUGCAUUAACUAAAUUCACUGAUACUUUAUCGCUUCAGAUGGAAUCAGAGAUCUUAACUUUAACUAAUAGAAAAUUGGAUUUAGCUGUUCCUUUGAAUCCAUAUAAGGCGGACGAUUAUCUUAAACCCGAUGAGGCAUCCCCUCAAAUUGAGUGGGAUGAAGAAUUAGAAGAUAAUAAAGUGCUAUUCAACCAUAGGGAUGCAAUUGAACAACCCCCAAGGAAGAUACAUCUGGAUGAAAUGGUAUUGCAUAAAUCCUCAGAAUACGAGGAAAUCAUGUUAUUGUUGUCUAAUAGAUAUAAACGUACAGAUGAGCUUCAGGAUAAGAAAUUAGUAAUCGUUAAUGCUUCAUCUAUUCCAACAUCGGUUGCGGCAUCCACAGCAACAACCACCACAACUGCGACGACGAAAUCAGGAAAGGAGGGUUCUGUGGCUACUGAAGGAAGGGGAAGAAAAGGUGAUAAGACAAAUGCAGCAAAUACCCCCGCUGCACCACCAGCCCCAGCACCGACGCAAGUAACUACAAGCACACAAAGCUCUGCCAGAGCAACUGGGCAAUUUAUGAGAUUGAGAUUAAUUGAAGAGAUCAGGAAGAAGCGAGAAGCCGAGAAACUUCAACAAGAAGCCAAGAUUCAAGCAGCUGCAGCAGUGCAAAACAACGAAGCUAUUCAACCACCUCCACCUCCGCCACCGCAAUCUGUUCCUCCACCUGAGCCACAACCUGCAGCAACUAACAAAAGACAAGCACAGACACUGGGUCAACUGGCUCCAAAGAGAGCGAAGAAGGAGCCAACCAAGAAACAAUUGCAAGCACAAGCACAGGCACAGGCACAAGCACAGGCGCAGUUACAAGCACAAGCACAGGCACAACUCCAAGCACAGCAAUCACAGGCACAACAACAAGGAACUCCCCAGUUUAAUGGUACGGGAAUGUCUAGUUCUAAUUCACAAGCUACUUCUGCCGCUAGCACGCCUGCUAUGAGAAGUAAUCCAGGUAUACCAGGACAACAACUGCCACCACAACAACGGAUGCAAAAUAAUCAAACUAGUGUGCCUGGGCAACAACAACAGCAGCAAGUCAUGGGAUCAACAACGCCACAACAACAAUCUGCUCAAGCGCCGCAAUUGACUCUUGUACAACAGCAACAACAACAGAUUUUCCAGAAUUCGCUUUCACCAGAAGAACAACAGGUGUUUAAGCAGAUGCAACAGAAGAUGAAUGCGUUAGCAAUGAUGGGGAAUACGGGUAUUGCACCUAAUAGACAACAAUUAACCCCACAACAGAAACAACAAGCACUUGUACAAGCCAAGAAUAUUCAACAACAAUUGAUCCAAAAAUUCCCACUUUAUUUCCAAAGAUUGAAACAAUUCCAAUUGAUCCAACAACAAAGACAAGCGAAACAGAAACAACAACAGCAGCAACAGCAGGCGAAAUUACAAGCUGCUGCUUCUGCCCAGGCUGCGGCUGCGAACAAUUCGCAACAGAUUCAACAACAGCAGUUUUCGCAACAACAUGCUAAUGUUUCUGGGAAAUCUGUUCCUGGUGGUGCUCCUACUCCUGUUCCUGCGGCUGAAGCACCUCCAAAGAAGAAGAGGCAAUAUCGAAAGAAGAAUCAGGCUGCUAUUCAAAACUAA